GAGCAGCCGUGGACUCCCGCCCGCAACUGGCUGUACCCCGCGUCGUUCAGGUCGGUGGUGCGCGUGGGGCUGCUCGGGCGCGCUGGCAGCGGGGGCCCGCCGGGCCUGCCGGCGGAGGUCUGGGUGGAGCACGUGUUCCCUUGGUGCGCGAGGCGCUGGUUCGAGCAACCCAGCAGCCCCGGCGGCGGGCGGGCCCCAGCUUUGCGCGGCGCUGCCCUUCGCGCGCCUUCGCCCAGCUGCAAGGACGACGGCGAGCAGUCCGACGGCGACGGCGGCUCCACCAGGGCGUCCACCAGGGCGUCCACCGGCAGCAGCCCGUCGUUCUCCGAGGUGGCGGGGCACGCGGAGGCGACGGUGCUGGUGGAGGUCUUCGACAGCGGCCUGCAGCACUGCAUCGGGGCCGCGGGCGACCCGGACAGCUUAGCGCCCCACGAGAGGGGCCGCGUGUUCCUCUCCGCCGCACUCCUGCGGCAGCGGCUUGCCCGCGGCGCCAGCGGCCAGCGAAGGCCACAGUCCAUCCGCCACAGCGAGGGCCAGGAGAGCGACAGCGAGGAGAGGACGACGACGAGCCGGCCGAGGAGGAGGUCGGCGUGGGCGAAGAGGGGCAGCCAGGGGCCAACGACGAAGAGGACGCAUGAAAGGCUUGGGCAAGCAGUGCCUGGCUCGGUGGCACAGCGACGCUUGUCUGUGGAGGACAGGGGGCAGGGCCAGCUGGCGGAGAGCUGA